UGAAAAACCAAUCCAUGGACUGGGUUCUGCCUCAUCAUCAUUAUCUUCAUCCACUCAUUACCAUUUCUUAGGAUUCUCUUGUUCAUCUUAACAAUCAAGAGAUAAGAGAAACCAAAAAAGGAAAAAAAGAAAGAAAAACUUAUGAUGAUGACAAUGAAAACCUCACCAUCCAUUUGUAGUAACAGCUUCAUCUUCUACUCUUCUCCAUCAACACAAAACUCUCACACUUUCUCACCUUUCCUUGUCAAAUCCAUGGCUACUCCCAAACCUCCUCCACCAUCUGUCUCUAGAACCGUAGCUUCUAAAAAGAAUUCAACUGUAUUUCCACUUGGGGAAAAACCUAGGAGUGCUGUAACAGCAUCACCAUCCAUAAAACUUCUCACAAGAAUGGAACAGCUGAGACUCUUAACAAAAGCCGAGAAAGCGGGGUUAUUAUCGGCCGCAGAGAAAUUCGGGUUAUCUCUUUCAACGAUAGAGAAGCUUGGACUCCUCUCAAAAGCAGAAGAACUCGGUGUUCUGUCGGCUGCUACUGAUCCAACAACACCAGGAUCACUCUUCACACUCAGCUUUGUUUUACUUGUUUUAGGACCUUUGUUUGUUUACCUUGUUCCUGAAGAUAACUUUGGUGAGAUUGGAUUACAGGUUGUGGUUGCUUUGAUCAGUGUUGUUGGUGGUUCUGCUGGUUUUGCUGCAUCAAGUUUCGUGUCUAAUUUGCAGAACCUAAAAUAAGUUUUAUGAUGUUUGGCGGGGCCGUCUUAACUAUGAUAAAUAUUUUACGAGGCUCUAUUUAGUUAUUAUUUAACGGUGUCAAAAUUUGAAUACUGUGCGGUGAUCUGGCUUGCAGGCUCUCAAAGACGACCCUGAUGUUUGGUUUGUUAUAUAAUUAUAUUAGUUCUUUGUAAUUUUAUUGCAUUAUGAUAUAUGAAGAAACGAGAAAUACUUAAUGGAUUCAUUUGUUGAUUUGUGAA